CUUGUCCUCUGCCUGGAUAGAGAGGAUGGCAGCACUUGUUCCCCGGUCGUCUCUUCGCUCCCUGGUGCUGCUCAUGUCGCACGGCAAGCCACAGCUGAGCUCUUUCUUCUCCUCAGCCGCCACCGCCGCGCCGCAGGCUGCUCCAGUUCGGCCGUCUGGCUCGAGUCAUGGAUCCCCUCUAGAAUGCCCAAAUGGAACAUCUGACAUCCCGUCGUCGUGCGUCCUCAAAGAUCCUGAAGACACGAGUCCGACUUUGACAUGCGCCCUUGAAGAUUCUAAGCACGACAUCACUGACGAUCCUAAGAGUCUUUGUAACACGCUUGAACCUGAUGCUGACAAGCCUAUGCCUGGCGCCACCAAAGAUCCUAGCGGCCCAAUAUGCGAGGGAUCAUAUACACCUGUAAUUGACAAGCCACCUCCGCCAGGCCCUCGGAAAGGUCCAGACCACAGAGUACCCGAAACCCCUUAGGGUGAUUAUAAUGAUGAUAGAGAAUUUUAAUUUUUCUUGUGCCAUGGGGUCAUCUAGAGAUGGUAAGAA